CCGGGCGUGGUGCGGCUGCGUCGAACGGGUUUUGGCUUUGGUUGGAUACUUUUCAGCGUGAAUGUAUAUUGUGUAAAAACAAAAAGCCAGGCGUUUCCAUGGGCGUUAACUUCAGGUUAAGCUAAUGAAAUUAUAAGACUGAAUUAUGAAUUUUAAACUUAUAUACAUCAUACCAAUAUUAAUACUGCAGUCAUGCUCAGCCCAGGAUUACGGUUCACCUACAUACAAUCCCGAUAAUCAGCUGAACCCAACAAAUGACUACAAUACAAAUGAGCCGAAAUAUGACAGUACAAACAGAAGAUAUUCAAAUAGAAAUCAAUUUGAUGUAAACCAAUACGAUUCUAAUCGUAAUCAGAAUAACGAUCAGAGAUACAACCAAUACGAUACCAGAAAUGAUCCAACAUAUAAUAAAAAUCCGUUUAGUUCUGAUAAUACACCGAGACCAUCAUGGGAUGGCAGUCGUACUUACAGCACUUCUUAUAAAAGUGCUGAAUUGGAACAUGAAAGCGUUAUUAUCAAUGAAGCCACAUACUUCAUUGUUGCCUCUCAAAUGGUUCGGCCAGGCCAAAUAUAUAAAAUAUCAGCUAAUAUACUGAGAGCCCGUCUCCAGAUGACAAUCAGAGCCUCUAUAUCAUGCAAUGGAGUGGAAAUAGCAGAUGUUAUUGAGAAAGUAAAGGAGGGAGUGCCUGAAAUUCUUAAUAUGAGAGUUCCAGCUACAUCAGUCCCAGGUGACUACAAAUUACGCGUUGAAGGCUUGUAUUUAGACGACCCAUUCGGAGGACGCGCAUUUGUAAACGAAUCACAACUGACCUUCUCACGAAGAUUCAUGACAAUAUUUAUACAAAUGGACAAGCCUGUUUAUAUGCAGAGUCAGACAGUUCGAUUUCGUGUGAUACCGAUAAAUACAGAGCUGAAGGCGUUUGGACGAGCUAUCGACGUCUUUAUCCUCGAUCCUAACCGACGUAUCAUGAAAAGAUGGCUAUCAAGACAGAGCAACUUCGGAACGGUGAGCCUGCAAUAUCAGCUGUCGGAUCAGCCGCUGUUCGGCGAGUGGACGGUGCGGGUGGAGGCGCUGGGGCAAGUGGAGGAGGCCCAGUUCCUAGUCGAGGAGUACUAUCAGACCAGAUUCGAGGUGAACGUGACGAUGCCGGCGUUCUUCUUCAACACGGAGCAGUACAUCCACGGGCGGGUGAUGGCCAACUACACGUCGGGCGCGCCGGUGCGCGGCAACCUCACGCUGCGCGCCACGCUGCGGCCCAUCCCGCAGUACCGCCCGCUGCACUUCCGCCGCGGACAGUUCAACAACCGCGCGCCCGCCGGCCCGCAGCCCUCCUCGCAGUACACGCAAGUUCGCCCGAAUUACAAUCCGUACCUGUACAACGAGUCGGGUCGUUCGCCGUACGACCACGACGGGCUGGUGGACGAGUACGGACGGCCGCUUAACUAUCGGCCCGGGCAGCCUAAUCAGAUCGAUCAACCGGAUUGGUGGGUCGAUCCGCAGAAGGUCACCCAUAGGAUGUUUAAUUUUGAUGAAAAAUAUCCGUUCUGGAUGCCGAGGCCGGAUCCGAUCGAGCUCGCACAUCUGAACAUUCCAAACAAUUCCCCGUACAGCACUUCCUCUACCUACAAUUACUACAACAACCCUGACUACCAUAAACUGCCGUAUUUUAGAUUCUUCAAUGGGACAUACAACUUCAAGUACCCCAUGUCUGAGCUAGCUCAGCUGGUGCCUACCCUGGACGGCGUGGAAGUCAUCAUCACCGCAUCCGUCGGUGAUCCGUUCCUGGACGAGGUGAUCGAAGGUUACAGCAUAGCUAGAAUCUUCAACUCAUCGCUGUCGGUAACCUUCCUCGGAGGCGAACUGCAGGUUUUCAAGCCGGCUAUGCCGUUUGAUGUUUACAUGGCGGUGUCGUACCACGACGGGUCGCGGCUGCCGGCGUGGCAGGCGGCGGGCGUGUCGCUGCACGUGUCGGGCACGCUGGAGGGGCGCGGGGGGGCGCUGCAGCCGCGCCGCCCCGUGCUGUUGCCGGGGCACGACGCCGUGUGGCAUCUGCGGCUUGACCUUUACGACCUGCUCGGUCUGGAGAAGGAUCCGAACUACCGUGAGGUGCUGAACAGCGUGACGGGCAUCCGCCUGAGCGCCACGAUGACGGACGCGCUGGGCGGGCGGGCGGCGGCCGACGUGCGGCUGCUGGCGCACGUCAGCCCCGACCACCACCACAUACGCGUCUCCACCUCCACUACCGACGCCAAGGUUGGGGAGUACGUCAUUUUCCACGUGCAGAGUAACUUUUAUAUGGAGUCCUUUAACUACGUGCUUAUGUCGAAAGGCAUCAUCAUAACCAGCGGCCAAGAGAUUAUGCAGGAGGGCGUGCGCACGUUCGCGGUGAGCGUGUCCGCGGAGAUGGCGCCGGUGGCCACGCUGCUGGUGUGGGCGCACCGCCGCCGCGCGCUCGUGCUGGCCGACUCGCUCACCUUCCCCGUCAACGGCGUGUCCACCAACAACUUCACGGUGCACGUGAACAACCGCAAGCAUCGCACGGGCGAGCGCGUCGAGGUGGCCAUCUACGGCGAGCCCGGCGCCUACGUGGGACUGUCCGGUAUCGACCACGCCUUCUACACUAUGCAAGCCGGAAACGAGCUCUCCUACGCCAAGGUAAUAUCAAAAAUGUCUCACUUCGACGAGGCAACGAACGGCACAUUUGCAUACACUUGGCGCUCGCACUUCGGCGACGCUGACGAACUCGUGUACUUCCCUUCGCCGAGUUUUGGUAUCGACGCCAACCGCACCUUUGAUUUCGCUGGUUUGAUAGUGAUGAGCGACGUGGCGGUGUGGCGCCGGCCCAGCCAGUGCAACGUGUCGCUGGGCUACGCGGAGUGCCUGGACGGGGCCUGCUACCCGUUCGACAAGCGCUGUGACGGCACCCCCGACUGCGCAGACAGGACUGAUGAAGCUAAUUGCAAGCACGACGACUCGUUCGAGCUGGCGCACUUCCGCAAGUUCCGCUUCAACCGCAUCCUGCGGCAGUACGAGAACGUGUGGCUGUGGCGCGACGUGAACAUCGGGCCGCACGGGCGCUACGUGUUCACGCUGGACGUGCCGGCCGCGCCCGCGCACUGGACGCUGUCCGCCUUCGCCAUGUCGCCCGGCGCCGGCCUCGGCAUGCUGGCGCGCCCGCUCACCUACGUAGGCAUUCUACCCUUCUUCAUAAAAGUGGAGGGACCGGAUCGCUGCAAGCAGGGCGAGCAGCUCGGCCUGCGCGUGGCCGUGUUCAACUACCAGCCGCAAAACAUCGAGGCCGUCGUCGUGCUCGCCUCGUCGCCGGACUACAAGUUCGUGCACGUGGAGGAGAAUGGAAUUGUGCGGUCGUACAACCCGCGCACGUCGUUCGGCGAGCACCAGUUCUUCGUGUACAUCCUGGCGGGCGACGCGGCCGUGGUGCACGUGCCCGUGGUGGCGGCGCGCCUGGGCCGCGUGCGCGUCGACGUGCUGGCCGCCACGCUGCAGGGCACGCACCGCGCCUCCAAGUACAUCACCGUCGAGGCCGACGGCAUCCCGCAGUAUCGACACCAGUCCAUUCUGCUGGACCUGUCGAAUCGCGCCUACGUAUUCCAGUACAUGCACGUCAAUGUGACAGAGACGCCCAUCAUCCCGUACGAAGUGGACCGAUACUACGUGUUCGGGUCGAACAAAGCGAGGAUAUCUAUAGUUGGCGACGUGGUGGGACCGCUCUUCCCUACGAUGCCAGUUAACGCGACUAGUCUCCUCGAUCUACCGAUGGAUUCAGCAGAACAGAACAUGUUCAGCUUCGCCGCGAACAUGUACUUGACACUCUACAUGCGUCUCAUCAAUCAACGGAACCGCACGCUCGAGCGCGACGCCUUCUACCACAUGAACAUCCUGUAUCAGAGGCAGCUGUCCUUUAUGAAGCCAGAUGGCUCCUUCAGCCUGUUUCGCAGUGACUGGAACCAAUCGGCAUCAAGUGUAUGGCUGACGUCAUUCUGCGCUAAGAUAUUCCAAGAUGCGUCCUUCAACGAGUGGGAGAACUUCAUAUAUAUUGAUCCUGAUGUAAUCUCGAUGGCGGUCUCGUGGGUGCUGGAGCAUCAACGGCCCGAAGGUGCCUUCUACGAGGUGACGUGGUUGCCAGAUCGCAACGCCAACAGCACCAUCAACGUGCCGCUCGACUCGCAGCUGUACCGCGAUGCCGGGUAUCAGUUGAAAGGCCUAAAGGUCAACAAUUCGAUAAUAUUGCAACGUAACCUUACACUCACCGCGCAAGUGGUUAUUACUCUGGAAUCAGUUAAAAACCUCAAGGAUAUUGGCAUACGAGAGGGGCUGAGCGCGAUGGUGUCGACGGCGCAGCAGCGCGGCGUGGCGUGGCUGGAGCGCCACCUGCAGCUGCUGCACGAGUGUGGGGAGCCGCUGGCGCUGGCGCUCGUUGCCUACGCGCUCACUGCCGCCAAGGCGCCCAGCUCCGAGCACGCCUUCCGCCUGCUCAAGCGCCACCAGCGCACCGAGGGUGGACUAGUUUAUUGGGGCAAGGAGCCGGUUCCACAGCCGCCGUAUAAGAUGGAGAAUCAGAAACCGUUCUUGUUGCCACGUUUGCCGUACAAGUACGACUCGAAUAAUAUUGCGGCUACAGCCUACGCUCUGUUAGCUUGUAUGGACCACCAGGACAACAAUGAACCAAUCGUAAUGUGGCUCAAUUCUCAAAGAUUGAGGGAUGGUGGCUGGGCUUCUACACAGGACACAUAUAUAGCACUGCGAGCACUGAUCGAGUACACGAACCGCAAACGCCUGCGAGACGUGAGCUCGCUGCACGUGAGCGUGGACGCGGUGGCGCUGCACGGCGACACUCGGACGCUGCGCGUGCGCAACGACAACCUCGCCACCAUGCAGACUAUCGAUAUCCCGGAGGCGUGGGGCACGGUGAAGGUGACGGCGCGCGGCGCGGGGUACGCCAUCCUGCAGAUGUCGGUGCAGUACAACGUGGACAUCGCGCGCUUCCAGACCAACCCGCCCGAGCGCGCCUUCUCGCUGCUGGCGCACGCGCACUACCGCGGCCGGAACCAGUCGCACAUCGACUACCAGACCUGUGCCAGUUGGACGUUGAUGUCGGAGUCUCCGCGUUCGGGUAUGGCGGUGCUGGAGGUCGGCAUCCCCACGGGCUACAUGAUGCAGCAACAGCGGCUCGACUCGUACGUGCUCUCCCGAGCGGUGCGUACGCUGCAGCGCGCCAAGUACCACCCCGAUAAGCUGCUUUUCUACUUUGACUAUCUGGAUCAUGAAACGACGUGCGUGAACUUCACGAUUGAGCGGUGGUACCCCGUCGCUAACAUGUCGCGUUACCUGCCCAUACGAGUAUAUGACUAUUACGCUCCCGAGCGUUUCAACGAGACAAUAUUCGACGCGCUGCCCACGUACCUUCUAAACAUUUGUGAGGUGUGCGGCUCGUCUCAGUGCCCGUACUGCGCCAUCUACAACGCUGCAUCACAGGUCUUCGCCAUACCCGUACUGUUGCUACUGACACUCGUCAUCUUAGUAAGGAAUGUACGUUUAACUACGUAGCGUUCAUGAGUAUUCGAUUAGUGUUACAAAGUGUAAUCUACACAAGUAGAUUUAGACCAAAAUGUAUACAAAACAAAAACGGCACAGACUAAAUCACAAAAAAAAAAUAUAUAUCUGAUUAUUUCUAUUGUUGAUAAUUCUACACUUAUUAAAACUAUUAAAUUCUUAAAUAUUCAAAUUUACUUUCGAAGAAACGAUUGACAUUUGUUGUGUCUACAUUUUUUGUAAUUUCAAAUGAAAUAAACCAGUGUUUACUAGGCAAUAAUUGAAAAUUAAGAGCUUUAUAUAAAAAUCUCAUAGUGAUAAAAAAUAUUAACAAUUUUUCGAAUGUUAAAAGAGUAAAUUACAAUAUACUUACGAUUAUGAUAUGCUAAGCGUCCCCCGUAAAACGAAACAUAUGAGGUUGUAUGUAACAUGCGACGACAUUUGCAUGGAAACAAUGACGGACACAAAAAUAAAAUUUUAUCCGAAAUUUAAAAAAACAAUAGGAUUUGUGAAAGGAUUCUAUUGUAAUAAAGCUUAAAACAAAUGACACGAAAUGUGCAAAAAGAUGUUUCUAGUUAAUUAAAAUUUACCCAUCAGAUGAUUGGACAUAUCAGAUUAUUGUAUGUAAUCGGUUAUCAUUCGUGGCUUGCCUUCGUUUUCGUUUCUUUAAUAAAAAUUAAUAGAAAUUAGUACAGUUUCAGUAUCAAGAAGCAUUUUCGUGCUUCAGUAAUUCGGGUGAAAAUAACAGCUACAUUGCUUCUUAAAAACGCGCGCGAGUUUGUGCAGUUACACUAACUCGUAUCAUGGUCCUACUACGAUAAUAGAUCCGAAUAAUCUUUCUAAUCUUAAAAAGCUUUAUUGAACUUUUAAAUUUUCUUCGAAGAAGUACUUUUAAUAUUUUUUUAAAGAGUUAUCGCAUGUAUAUUCAUACCAGUGUAAUUUUACAAUAAAUAAUGAACUAAACUAAUGAGCUUUUUUGUAAAGGUUUUU